AUGGUCUUGGACAGCUGUGAUCAAUGUGGGAAGAGUUUUGCUAAAUCUAGCAAUCUGACUACACACCAGAGAACACACACAGGAGAGAAACCAUAUAGCUGUGAUCAAUGUAGGAUGAGUUUUUCUACAUCUAGCAAUCUAACUAACCACCAUAGAACACACACAGGAGAUAAUCCGUGCUGUGAUCAAUGUGGGAAGAGUUUUUGUACUCCUAGGUAUCUAACUAUACACCAGAGAACACACACAGGAGAGAAACCUUAUAGCUGUGAUCAAUGUAGGAAAAGUUUUUCUUCUUCUAGCUAUCUAACUAUACACCAUAGAAUACACACCGGAGAGAAACCUUUUAGCUGUGAUCAUUGUGGGAAGAGUUUUUCUUCUUCUCGCUAUCUAACUAUACACCAUAGAACACACACAGGAGAGAAACCAUAUAGCUGUGGUCAAUGUGGGAAGAGUUUUACUCAGCCAAACAGCCUGAAUAUACACAAGCGGACACACACAGAGGAAGAGAUACUCUGAUAAAAGAUCUCUGAUUAAACAUAAAAUACAUCAAGGAGUUGUUUCAUGAU